AGUGAACUCGAUAUCACUAUGAUUAUUCCUCAAGAAAUUUCCGAGGCUGCCACUCAGGUGGCUAACAAGCUACUCCCUCAUGAGACUAAUCAUACACCGUUGCCGACUGUGAUCCCGGAUAUCCCUCGUGUAUACCACCAAACUUCUAGUGAAGUAGGUCACAGAACCUUGUGGGCUGUCUGCGUCCUAAUGGGUUUGUCCUCACUAGCCUUCUAUAUGAUGGCUAUGAGAGUUCCCGUGCAAAAACGCCUCUUUCAUGUCAUAACAGCAUUGGUCACGACUUUUGCUUUCCUCUCUUAUUAUGCAAUGGCUACAGGCGAUGGCAUAACUUCGCAUUCUUACGUAACUGAAAGGUCAAAGCAUGGAGCUGUCACGGAGAUUGUCGAGCGUGACGUCUAUUGGGCUCGUUACGUUGACUGGUCUCUUACUACUCCUCUCCUACUGCUGGAUCUAUCCCUUCUUGCCGGUCUCAAUGGCGCAAGUAUCUUGGUGACCGUUGUAUCAGACGUGAUCAUGAUAUUAGCUGGCCUUUUUGCGGCCUUUUCAGAAGAUGAGGCUCAGUCAUGGGGAUGGUAUGCAUUCGCUUGCAUUGCAUACCUCAAUAUCAUCUAUCAAAUUGGCUAUAAAGGGCGACACGCAGUAUCUGCCAAGGAUAAUAAAACGAAGGCUUUCUUCGGUGCUAUCUCUCUUUUCACUCUCCUUUUAUGGACUGCAUAUCCAAUCGUAUGGGGAGUUGCUGAUGGAGGUCGCCGUGUAAAUGUUGACGGCGAAAUUAUCGCAUACGCUGUCUUAGAUGUCCUUGCAAAGGGUGUAUUUGGGUUCUGGUUACUCAUAACCCAUGAUAGUAUGGCCCAGACAGUGCCAUCCAUUGAUGGAUUUUGGUCAAAUGGCGUCUCUCAUGAGGGAACCCUUCGCGUCGGAGAAGGCCGCACACUAGGAAAUAAUUGAACAAGUUAUUGAUGUGACCCAAUGUCGCAUAAUCGUUAAUGGAGUUGACUCACUUGCCCUCGCUCUUAAAAUUCAUUCACUACUAUAAUUGGAAUUUAGAGAUAUGGAAAAUUAUGCUCUGAUAUCAUACAUAUAAACGUGUAAUGAUCCGAAAAUAUAGGAUGGAUGAGAUAGGAUCGAGAUAUUGCCCCUUUAUUGAAAUUGGUGGGG